AUGUCAGCCCCUACAGCCGAAAGCGCGAAAGCUUUGGAAAUCGACCAAAAGGACAUGGAGGAACACAUGCAAGGGAUGCCCAAAGUUUACGCUUCCAUGCGGGAUCGACCCCUCACUGUCAAGGCAUAUGCAUUCGAUGAUCCCAAGGCGCCCGUCGAUGCGGUCGUAGUACAUUUUGUACGUCAUGGUCAAGGUUUUCAUAAUCUCAUUGCGAGUCUUUUUAGUUGCCAGGGAAAGGAAUGGGAACCUUAUUCGCAAACACGCGACAAUCCAUACAUUAUGCAAGAAAUUCUAGAUGCUCCUUUGACACAGAAGGGACGACAACAAGCCUGUUUACUCCAGCCCAAAAUCAAAGAAUUGAAAACAAAACCACAGUUAGUGGUCUUAUCGCCUCUCUGCAGAGCCCUUCAGACGGGAGUGAUUGCUUUUGAGGAGUUAUUAGUAGCAGCCGACGUUCCCUUUUUGGCGCACGAAAUGGUGCGGGAGCAAUCAAGUGUUCACUGUUGUGAUAAACGACGUCCAAUCUCCAGACAGGCCAAAGAGUUUCCACAAGUUGACUUUAGUCGAAUAGAGUCGGAUGAAGAUGUCAUUUUCAAGUAUGAUAAACCAGAAAGCAUCGCUGAGGUUGGGGAACGUGCAUACAAGUUUUUGCAAUGGCUCUCCGAGCGCCCAGAGAAGCAUGUAGGGGUAUCGUCUCACUCGGCUUGGCUUUUCACCGUUUUCAACGGCGUCUUGGAGUGUGACGAUAGUCUCAAAGAUUGGUUCCAUACAGGAGAGAUGAGAAGCGUCAAGCUGGAGUUUAUCCAGAAGUUUGAAAAGCCGUGA